UUUAAAUUCGGGAAUAAAUAAUUUGUAUCUUUUGCCGGUUGAAGGUUUAACUCAUCAAAAUGCAUUGGAAUUAAGAUACUGAGAUUCAAAGAUUUAUAAUAUUACAAGUAUGUACAUGUUCAUAUGUAUGUAAAUUAACAAUUACAACCCAACAGUAAUUGCAAAAAAUGAUAAAAUUCUAAAUUGUCUGUUAUGUGAUUCUUGCUGCGAUUUAUUAAACUUUGAUCAAAAAUCGGGAAGGAAAAAAAGAAAUUGGUUACACUAUGGCUGAAAUUGACGUUGCAUUUAAGUUAACCAAAAUUCAAAGAUCUAGAAAACAACAAAUAAUUGGAUUGUCGAUCGAUCAGAUAACAAUAACAGAUGACUCCGAGUCGAAGCUUCAUUUAACGAAUUUAAUUGUGAAUGCGAAUUCGAGCUUGAACUCGAAUUCGAAUUCGAGUGCAUGUGAAAAAGUUCCUUUGACCAGCAGGUCCUGCAAUUGCCGAGAGUCCAGUCAACAAAAACUACAAGAAGAACAUCAAAAAUAUCAAAUGAAAUAUAGUAGAAACUGGGAGAUCCGUUUGCUUAUCGCCAGAUAUGCGACAAUAGCUAUAAUCUCGAUGCUUUUACUCGUAGCAUCUGCCCAGGAAAUAAACAGAGGCACAAGCGAUUCCUUAAACGUUAUUAAUAAUUCGGACUCAUUGAAUACAAGUAUAAGUAACAAUAUGAGUAUAAAUAUAAAUCAUACUCAAUUGGCAACGGAAACGGAAACAGAAACAGAAACAGAAACAGAAGAUGCAAAUAAAGUAUCGAAUAGGGGACAAAAGAUAUCAUCAGGUCGAGGUCCAGGCACAAAUCCCCAAGUGGUUUCUAGUAUUCACGGUGUCAGCGUGAACCGGAACAAUUUAAUAGAUGGGGAUAAUACAUUGCAGCGACAAUUGAGAGAGAAAGCUAAGCAGGAUAGUUUGCAAUCGAUUAAAAUGCAUAUUCUGAUGCGAUUGAAUUUAAAAAAGCUACCAAAUAUUACAAAACCCAUUGCUGUACCACAAAAUAUACUCGAGAACUUUUAUAAAAAGUACAAUGCAUCGCUUGUAAACUCGAUGUGGAGUCACGAUAAAUCGACAGAUACACCUCCUCGUAUGGAUUUAUAUGCCUCGGAGGAAUCAGUUACAGAAACGAGAAAAGCUUCAGUAAAUACUACAGGGAUCAGACACAAUACUGAAUCAACGUCCACUUCAUCCAAUGAUGAUCCAAUCAGCGCAUCCAUCGAGAAUUCAUCUGCUGAAAUGCAAGGUGAUGAUCCAAAUGUCUUCGAAGACUAUCAAUUUAUUUAUAAUAUUGGAUUUAAUGAUGAUCAACAAAAACCUUUUGCUAAUCAUAGAACCACCGAUUACCAUAUCAAAGAUGAUAAUGGUGAAUAUGAAAGUAUUUUAUCACACAUAAGCAGCAUUUAUGUAUUCCCAGAGCAGCCCCACAUGCGACAUAACCACAAAACCGAUGUACUUCGUUUUAAAUUUGAUACUAGCUACUCGGAAAUUUCCUAUGUUACAUUACACUUGUAUCUGCGAGGGUUUGACUGGAUAAGGAUCAAUCAACCGAAUAUUAUUGAAGAGAUCGAAGAUUGUCAGAAUAAGGAUAUUGUUGUGGCCGUACACCGAGCCUUACGCCGUGUAAAUAGCACAAAUUACACCCAUAAAAUGAAAAUGUUUGAGUUUCGUCACAAAAUUCCAUCAGGAUUGGGUCAAUGGGUCAGUGUAGACCUAAAGCCUCUCUUCGUUACAGAAACCACAAUGAUUAGUCAUGGACCGAAUAAAACGCAAGAAAUUAUUAUAAAGGGUGUCGAAUCUUGGAUGAAGCCCUUAGUUGUGACAACUGAUAAUACUUCAAAAAAUCCGUUGACGGUCCACAUUGAAAUAGGGUCACAGAAAAAGCAUCGGCGAAAACGUAGCGUUUUCAUGGACUGCACCGAAGGCGAUCACGACAUGCGCUGCUGUCGAUAUCCACUAAAAGUGAACUUCACGAGUUUCGGGUGGCACUUUGUGGUAGCGCCUACUUCAUUUGAUGCAUACUUCUGCAGUGGGGACUGUCGAGUUGGAUAUUUGGAGGAAUAUACUCAUACGCAUUUAGCAGCCCUGACAACUUCAGCGACGCCAUGUUGUUCUCCAACGAAAAUGAGUUCCUUAAGCUUAUUGUAUUUUGACGACCAUCACAAUCUGGUGUUAAGUGUUAUACCAAAUAUGUCGGUUGAGGGAUGCAGCUGUUCCUAACCAGACUCGAAUCAUUUAAAUAUUUAUGUAAUAUGUAUGUAUACCUAAUGAAUAAAUUUUUAUAUGAAGCGUUUAGAUGGUAAA